GUGUCGAAAGUGCCCCAUCCUACCGGGAGUAAUACCCAGUGACGUCACCCACCCAUCUCCAAACGGGACAAGGCGCAACAACUUUGUGGUCUAGUAGUCUAGUGUCCGCUGUGCAUCCCUGGACUCAUCAUCACCGUACGCUGAGCGUGGAUCACAUUUUAUACAACUUGUACACAACUUGGGAACGUUCCGGAGAGACGCGCAAUGGGUUGUUUUGAGUGUUGUAUCAAGUGUCUGGGCGGCGUCCCCUAUGCCUCUCUGGUGGCCACCAUCCUGUGCUUCUCCGGAGUGGCCCUCUUCUGUGGCUGCGGACACGUGGCCCUCACCGGCACCAUCACCAUCCUGGAGAACCACUUCUCCAAGAUCACCAGCGACCAUGCCAUGCUAACCGACAUAGUCCAGCUCAUGCAGUACGUCAUCUAUGGCAUCGCCUCCUUCUUCUUCCUGUAUGGGAUCAUCCUGCUGGCGGAGGGAUUCUACACCACCAGCGCCGUCAAGGAGCUCCACAGCGAGUUCAAGACCACUAUCUGUGGACGCUGCAUCAGCGGACUGUUUGUCUUCCUGACCUACAUCCUGGGCGUGGCCUGGCUGGGCGUGUUCGGCUUUUCGGCGGUGCCCGUCUUCCUCUUCUACAACAUGUGGUCCACCUGCGCAGCCAUGAAGUCCCAGAUGGCCAACCUCACCUCUGUGGAGUCCAUCUGCGUUGACGUCCGGCAGUACGGAAUCAUCCCAUGGAAUGCAACUCCAGGAAAGGCCUGUGGGGUUACACUGAGCAACAUCUGUGAUACCAGUGAGUUCUACCUGUCCUACCACCUGUACAUUGUAGCUUGCGCUGGUGCAGGAGCCACAGUCAUUGCUCUGAUUCACUACCUCAUGAUUCUGGCAGCCAACUGGGCCUACCUUAAGGACGCCAGUCACUUGCAUGCCUACCAAGACAUCAAACUGAAGGAGGAGCGGGAGCUGCACGACAUCCAGUCGCGCUCAAAGGAAUGCCUCAAUUCUUACUCUUAAAGGACCACACUACUGUACCGCACACCACAGCACAGCACAGCAGAUUCACAGGCCCCCCAAGCCAGGCAGCCCUCUCCCUUAAAGCCCUCAUGUUACACCCACAACCAUGGCCUCAUAAGUGCUGAUACACCUAGAGAAAGCAUUAUCUCCAAUAAUAUGCCAACAUUGCUAUGGGUUCAGCACAGCACACCACACGGCACUAACAAGGCUCCCAGCACAACACCAGCACAGCACAGCACUAACGAGGAUCCUAACAACACUAAUGCAUACGCAUUGCUUCUGCACUAACUCACAGAACAGUUGAUUGGAACUCUUUGUGUUUGAGCAUUUCUUUUUUUAUUAUUCAUCAUACAUUGUGUGACUUGUGUCUCUCAUUCUUAACUUCAACUGUCUGUCUAUUUUUUCUCCUGCCAGUCAUUGUUAGAGGCGCUUGAAAUAUUGCAUUUAUUGUUUUAUUGGGAUCAGCGCAGACGAGAGUUAACAAGGGGAUAGAGAAUUAUUUGCUUCAUUUUCAAAAACGCCAUUUUGAUUCAAAGUACACCAUACUGUACGUGUACGCCUUACUAACUCACAGAUCAACAAUAAUAAUAAUAAUAAUGAUAAUAAUAAUAAUAAUAAUAAUAAUAAUAAUAAUGAUAAUAAUAAUAAAUUCUGCAGUGUGGAAGUGUUUAAACUGGCAGGAACACUUUGAUUUAUGUUCUCUUGUUUUGGCUCUUUAACCACAAAUGCGUAGGCCUAUAUCGACAGUGGUGGGCCUCACAACGUGCACAACACUGCACUCCGAUGUUGCUGAGAGAUAUGCAUGUGUUUGGGUGUUUUCGACAACACUUUAAUGUUGCCUGCAGCCUAAAAACACAAGAUACAAGGCAUUAUUUAUCCACAGUCGUGGUGUCUUUCACAUCAGCCAAUUCAAACUCAAAAGCCCCAGUUUUAACUCUAGGCCCUGAGGGAAAUGAUGUAAAAGGCUGAUCCCCUGGAAGAAUCCAAAACUACCUCAGGUGUACUGAAGUGAGCUUCUAUAGAAUCAGCCCUUUUAACAAAACUAUAGUGUCCGAUCAUGUGGUGCUGGAGGUGGUAGCAGACAUGGUUUACCUUACGUAUAUGAACUUAAUAAUGAAUGAAAAUAAUAAUUAGAAACUACAUGUGACAUGUCUUCCUUUCAGAAAGCCUAGACAAAAAGAAGGGGUGCAAGUCAAGCUACUUUCUCCUGUCCUCUUCCCGUCCUCUUGCCUCGCCUCCGUGGAGAAAACAAUAAUUUCCCCCAGAGCCAUAGAAGUAAGAGUUGGGCUAGUCCCAUUGACCACCGUGUUCCAUUUUUACACAAAGAUGGCGGCUCACGGAGCCUUUGACACCCAGAUUGCCAUUAACAAAGUUCCAAAACAGUUUCAGGAAGUGAGCCUCGAAAACAGAAAGUAAAGGUAAAGGAAAAUGUAAUUCAUAUAACUUUUAAUACAUUUUUACGUCAUAUUUGCUAGUCAUCUUGCGGUUAAGUGUUAGUAGCUAGCAAAAAAAGAGCAGCGGCCUCAAGUUAUUUGAAUCUAGGCCUACACCAACCGACUGCCUGCACCCUUGUUGUCACAACUCCGAAUUCCAUGACUCUGAUUUCCCCGCUGUCAACCAGCACAGAGCAACUUUUGAGUUUCCCCUCUUCAACAUCUCAAUUGCAAAUGAGAGAAUAACUUUGAAUUGUGUUUUUUUUGCGAAAUAUUGAAUAAAAACGGUCAUCAAUGAUGUUGAGCCUGAACGUCAGAAGGUCAGAGGCCCCAGGGCAGGAUGGGAGGAAGUAGGUUGACAUGUACCCGUGGUGUCUGUUUCAUACAGGCACAGAAUGUGAGAAUGGGCUUGUUUUUGAUGAAGCACUGAUGCUUUUGCUAUGCAGAGCGCAUGCGCACUCUGCUAUUUC